AUGAACAUCCCAAGCAGACCACCAUGGGCAUCCUCUUACCAAAGCUUUUGGACAUUUGGCCGGGGACGCUUGGAAGCACUAAAGCUGUGCCAGUUUAGCUGGCUUUGGGAUGACCAGACAGCCGGUGGGUUGUUUGUGGGGAGGGUCAUGGCGAAGCUGCUGGAGUUUGCGUCCAUGCCCGUGCCGCCACGGCACGUGCGGCUCACGCCGCGGGAGACGAAAGUCUCGCGGGGCACGGAGGAAGAGAACAGCUGGACCAAAAGACAAAGACAUUGGAGGAACAUCAAGGCCCAGCUGGCUGCCAAGGCGGCGGAGAAGCAAGCGCAGCAGCGGGAGAAGCCGCUGACGCUGAUUGGUGGAGGAGAGAAGCCCCACCUGCCGCCUCUGCCCAAGUCCCUGCAGCACGCGCAGAUCCCGGCGAAGGAUGUGGAACAGAUCCAGUCCACCUACCACUGGAGGCCUUGCCAGCUCAGUGAGCACGUCUACGCUGCGGACCUGCCCGGCAGAAGCCUGGGGACUUACGUGAACACCUUGAGCUACGACCUCGGGAAGGAGACCCUGCAGGGCGCGAAACCGCUGUCCAUCCGCCUGGCGCCGGAGAACUUCACGGCGCAGGGCAGUGUGUGGUGCUAUCUGCUGGAAGAUUCCUUCAUCCAGUGCCGGGGGGUGGUGAUCGGCACCUGUCCGAAGACCCACGACCCCGAGAACGGCAGGAACAUCCAGAUCUGCCGUUUACCGGUGGAGGCGCGGCCCCGGCGCGGCCUGCAGUUUGCAGCGCUCUCGCGGGAGGCCUACGAUGUGGGCGGCCACGUGACCUACACCUCGAGCCGCGUGACGUUGACCGUGACGCCGGACGGCUGGAUCUGCGGCCACUCCACGCGGGAGAUGCAGGGAGCCAUCGACUUGUCCGCGAUCCGCUUCUGCAAGACGGGCGGCCUGUCCCUCACAGACGAGGUGACGCUGCACACGGUGGACGUGGGAAGCUCGCGCUUAGUGUGCCUACAAGGGCACCUGCACGAGUGUUUCUUCGGCUCGGACUCCAAGCGGCCGGUGGCCAUCCUCCCGGAGAGCUGCCGGCCCAAGGAGGUCAUGCACUUUGUCACCAGCGGCUCGGGCCCUGGUGGAUUCCAUUUAGUGCAGCUGCGACCGCAGAAAGGCUCGGGCAUCGGCGGCGAUCUGAUGUGGAAGGAUGGGGUUUGGAGCCAUGACCAGGUCCAUCUCACUGGCAUCAUGUACGAAGUCAACGCGGACGCCUUGGAGUUCUCCUUCCUGGAUGCCUCCUGGACGCCUGAAAUCUUGAGGAUCUUCGUGGCAGAGUUUCAGAGGUUUUUGAUCUCCAAGUUCGGCAGCAUCGACGAGGCCUGGGACGAGGCCUUCGAUCUGGACGGCCUCGGAGCGGUGAACUUCACCCAGUGCCCCGUCGUCGUGGGCUCGGACUCCAAGCGGCCGGUGGCCAUCCUCCCGGAGAGCUGCCGUCCCAAGGAGGUCACCAGCGGCUCGGGCCCUGGUGGAUUCCAUUUAGUGCAGCUGCGACCGCAGAAAGGCUCGGGCAUCGGCGGCGAUCUGAUGUGGAAGGAUGGGGUUUGGAGCCAUGACCAGGUCCAUCUCACUGGCAUCAUGUACGAAGUCAACGCGGACGCCUUGGAGUUCUCCUUCCUGGAUGCCUCCUGGACGCCUGAAAUCUUGAGGAUUUUCGUGGCAGAGUUUCAGAGGUUUUUGAUCUCCAAGUUCGGCAGCAUCGACGAGGCCUGGGACGAGGCCUUCGAUCUGGACGGCCUCGGAGCGGUGAACUUCACCCAGUUCAGCAUGGGCUGCAAGAAAGCAGGCUACGUGGGCAACGCCACACGGCUUUGGGCCGCCAUCAACCAGGCCGCUGUGGGCACCAUUUGGGCCCCUGCUAGCAAGGAUGACACGCACAUGGAUGAUAAGCACCCGCCGAAUGCAACUGGGCAUUUGGCUCAAGACCUGAGGCCUGAAAAAAGGUACAAGCUGUUGCUUGGCGGCCGACUGUGUUUCCCUUGGGUUAUGAGCCCAAACCCGUUGCCUUAG